AGGUUUUUGGCUACUGAUGUUACAGACAAUACAAUAUUGGAGCAUAGAGUUGAAGAAAAGACUCAAACCAGGUUUGUAUUUAAUUAGUUAAAAAUAUGGAUCCCGAAACAAAAGGACAAGAGAUUAUCAAAGUGACACCUCUUCAACAAAUGCUUGCCUCAUGUACUGGAGCUAUACUGACAUCACUAAUAGUGACACCCCUGGAUGUUGUUAAAAUUAGACUCCAAGCCCAAAACAACCCACUCCCCAAAGGAAAAUGUUUUGUAUAUAGUAAUGGUCUCAUGGAUCAUCUAUGUGUCUGUGAAGAAGGAGGCAACAAACUGUGGUAUAAGAAGCCAGGAAAUUUCCAGGGAACAUUGGAUGCCUUUUUUAAAAUCAUUCGAAAUGAGGGCAUUAAAUCUCUAUGGAGUGGCCUUCCUCCUACCCUAGUGAUGGCAGUUCCUGCCACAGUUAUUUAUUUUACCUGCUAUGAUCAAUUAAGUGCUCUUCUGAGAUCUAAGUUAGGAGAAAAUGAAACCUACAUACCAAUUGUUGCUGGAAUUGUAGCCAGAUUUGGUGCAGUAACUGUGAUAAGUCCACUGGAAUUGAUUAGAACCAAGAUGCAGUCCAAGAAGUUUUCUUACACGGAACUGCAUCGAUUUGUCAGCAAGAAAGUAUCUGAAGAUGGUUGGAUUUCCCUUUGGAGGGGCUGGGCUCCUACUGUUCUUAGAGAUGUACCUUUCUCAGCAAUGUACUGGUAUAACUAUGAAGUUUUAAAGAAGUGGUUAUGUGAGAAGUCUGGUUUAUAUGAGCCAACAUUUAUGAUCAACUUUACUUCAGGGGCAUUGUCUGGUUCUCAGUCUGUGGGCCAAGUUUCUAUGCCUUUGCAUAUGUCAACCUGGGUUAUAAUGAAGAACAUUGUUGCUAAAAAUGGAUUUUCCGGAUUAUUUUCAGGCCUAAUUCCUCGCUUAAUUAAAAUUGCUCCUGCUUGUGCCAUUAUGAUCAGUACAUACGAAUUUGGAAAGGCUUUUUUCCAGAAACAAAAUGUUCGAAGGCAGCAGUACUAGUGAUGCUGUUUCAACUUGAAACAACAACUAUAACCAAAGAAGAUGGAGACUCUUAGGCAAGAAUGUUUUUCACCAUUAUUCUCUUACAAUGAUUUUAAGUCUUUCUUUCCUAUAAUUUAAAUAAAUGAUUUCAGCUCUACCUCUAAACCAUAAUUUUAAAAUAAAUUUUAUCCUAUUUUUGGUGAUACAGAAAAAAAUAUUCUAGAAAUCACCACCAUUGAGCAUUCUUGUAAAAAUAAGACAAAUUACUCCUUAGCAUCAAAAGCAAUCUCUGCGAGUUUAAUAUUAUAUGUUUCAGUGUAACAUCAUCUUAUUGGGAGUGUGUCGGAUACACAAGAACUUUUUGAAUUGUGUGCUGAAUGAUGUACGUAGUCUAGAAAAAAGCCCAAGUCUUGUGCACAUUUAAAUCAUGUACAUAGGUAUUUCUGUAUUUCAGUAAAGUAGGUAAGGCAGUCGUUAAAUAGCAUUGUUGACAUUGACCAAAUAUUGCCUGUUUCCUUUAAUUCAAAUGCAUUAGGUUCCCGCCUCCCUGUCCCUCCCUGCCAUGUUGCUGUUUUAAGGCUUCACAUGUAUUAAGAUUUCUUUGAUCAAAAUUGUGGCUGUUCUCCUUAUGAACCAUAAUAUAAUCAUUUGUGUGCUGUACAUUGUGCCAUUUUUGAUGACUAAAUGUCUAUAUUUCUGCUGUUCCUGUAAGAGAGGGAGUUUUUUACUGAUAGUAGCAAAUGUUCACUUCAGCCAAACUUGGGUGUUCAGUGGUAAAUUACAUAGUAUUUAGACUGGUAAAAAUAGUUUGCACACAGGAAUAGCCUCUGAUUUUUAGCCAUCUUGUAAUCCAAGUAUCAUUGUUCACGGAAUUCUCUAGGUCAUUUUUAUUGUCUUGUUCUAACAAGACAUUAUUGCUACAAUAAUAGUUACAAAAUAUUUCUAAAAUAUCCUUUGAUUUUUACACUAAGUAUGGUAGAGUAAGAGGCUAAACAAGAAGCUGUUUCCUUGAAGACAUUGCUUUCAGUCACCGUACAUGUCUAAAUACUUUAGCUUAUCAUUCAUUGUAUGUAGGAAUGAGAUAAGAAAGGAUAUGAUGGCAGGAAAAGAAAUGCUGUCAUUUUUUAUACUUUAGUUUUAUUGUCUUAGGAUCUAUAUCCUUUAAAAAGAAAACAGCACUUUAUUGCAGUCUUUAUUUUAGGAAAAUGUGAAGCAUUUUUUUUCCUCUCCUAAAAUGAAUAGAUGACAAGUCUUUAGUGCUGGUAGAGGAACUAAUUGAUUUUGUACUAUAGUAGGAAAGUGUAACACCAGAAAUAAAGUAUAUAGGGUUUGCAUGUAAUCUUCUGUUUAUUUUAUCCUAUGUUGAUUUACCUUAAAUUUGCAACAUAUCUACAUAAAUAUUCAUGACUUUCUUAUAUUUCAUUAAAAUGUUUAUGCCUUCUUAAAAUCACUGUGCUUCUAAAUAUUUUUAUAUAAAAUCAUUGUAUAAUGCUGUACUGUGAUAUAUAUAUAUGAAAGUUUAUCUUGAACAGUGCUAACAAUAUUAAAUUUAAAUUUAUCUUAGUUUUGCUAUGCUUAUGGAUAAUUCAUAGAAAAAAAGCAGAAAAACUUAAUACUGUUCCCAAAAGGCAGUUACAUAUUUCAGUUUAAUAUCACCUAUAAGUAUGAGAAAGGUUUCCAUGUCUCCUACCCCACACUGCACUUAGGAAAAUUCUUACUUAUGAAUAAAGUAAUAUAAGUAAAUCUAAA